CUCCCUCGAAAAGAGGCAGAGAGCUUUUCUCUGUUAAUUAAAUUCCAAAUCUGUCGGUUUCCCAUUGCACCGUUUGAUACGCGGAAAGAAUUUCAUUAAAUUGGCUGACGCCGAGUGCAUUGUUUUGUAAACAACGACCGAGCUGGACCGAGCUCGGUCUGAGUGACCCGGACCCGUAGCUUCGAUCACGUGUUUACACGCCUGUAAACAAAGUUCUCAUGUCAUCUCUUGUGUUUUCCGGUUAACAAUUGCAAAAUAAUUCCAAAGCAGGUAGCUGGAUUUAAAAGCACAUUGGAGGUUCAUCGACAGCGAAUGUUCGCCACUGAGACAAUAAAAUAUGUUUGGAUCAUUACGUAGCAAGUUUCAGACGGUGCAGGAAGGUAUAUCUGCUAGUAUACGCGGAUUGUCCACUACUGAGCAGCCAAAGAGCAAAAAAUCGGCCAAUGUAAGGAAUGUAAAUUAUGACGCUGGGGCAGACGUUCUGCAUCACUUUCAACUGCAAUGGAACGAGCUUCACGAGCUCGCAGAGGAAAACGCGGGAAAGGCUCAGGAAGCGGAUACGCUGAUAUCUUCUAUUUACGAGAAACUUCAACACGAGUGGAACAACGUCACAUGUUUAAAUAGCACCUUAGCUUACAUUCCAAAGAUUAAUAAUGCAAUUCAAGAUCUCAUGGACCAAAUAGGAAAUUUACAAGAAAUGUUUGAAGAAGUUGAAGGAGCUUUGUAUCGAUUGGAGGACCUAAAUGAAAUGUUAGAUUUACAAAGUAGACAGUUGGAUCACAGGUUCCAGUUGGCUUUGUAUAAAGAGAAGAAACUGAUAGAAUUAAAUAAUUUUAAAGGAAAGUUAGCUAACGAGCACACGGAGAGACUCUCGCAACAUGAAUUAAAUCAGCAAAAAAAAUUGAAAGAGCGACGAGAGACCUUCGAGGAAGCCUUUAAGGAGGAUCUUGAGGAAUACAAAGCAACUGGAUCUAUACCAAAGUUACCAGUCUCUGCAGAAGGUCCAUCUUUGGACGAGAUAGUGUUGGACAUUGAUUCGAAGAUAUUUGAUGAGUUUUUAGAGAAUUAGAGGCAGAAGAUUGAGGAUUGUAUCCAUAAGUCUGUCGAUAAGUCGUUGCUAAACUUUAUUUGAAGGUAGCUCAUGACGGAACAUGACUUAACCGCAUUUCUUACAACUAGAUAUUAGGGCUGUGAUUCAGACAAUUUAAGCUUUUUAAUAUAAAAAGUGUAAAAAAAAUAGUUCACAGUAUAAAAAAUGUCUUAUACAAAUGCUUCCAAUUUUUCCAUCAUCCAUCAAAUGCCUAAACUGACUUAAAUUUCAUGAAACUUUGUACAAUCCUCUGAGAUGUAAGUGCAGUAUUUUGUGAAUUGUAUUACGUAUCAUUUGUCUUUUGAAUUGAAGGGAACUCGAAUUUUAUCCCGCAACAAUUCUCUCGUAUGUAAAUAGAUGUAAGAGAAAAAUGUUAUUUUGUUAAAUUUUCCUUAAUUGUAUUAUAACUAAAAAAAAAUAAAUUGAUGUAACAUGUAUUACAAACUUUCAGAAAUUUCUUUGUAUAUUUAUAAUAAAGUGU